AUGCCUGGUGGGUAUUCUCUUAUUUUUUCUAAUUAUUAUUGUUUUUUGAAUUUUUCCUGAAUUUGAAACUGAGAUAUGGAGGCGAUUUUGAAAAUUAAGUUAGAAUGUUAAUUUUUGCUGUUCUCCUAACUUUUCUCAACGCUCAACUCACAUUAAGCGCCUUCACAUUGGGAUAUGGAUAUGUCGAAAAGGAGAGCAAAUAAAAUGGACUUGUGAAUCCCUUGAUGCACCCCUCAACUUUACUGUAGACCAUCCCUUCGCUCAAAUGCUCCAAGAUAAAUCUUUCGAUCUGCCUAUGUAUUGAAAAUUUCUCAAACAAAGCGGAAUGGGAAAGACAGUAGGCUCAAAUAUGGAGCUACAACAAAACAAAACCUGAUGGACCUAUUUGUCUGCAUGGAACACGACGAUUUGACCGUUAAUUGUAUAAUUUUUUUAUUUUAUUUAUGA